AUGGCUCAGGACAGACAGGAGCCUCCGGCCAAGCGGUUCAAGGCGGCGCCUCCCGGCACGCAGCCCCAGAGCGCCGCGCCGCCCGCACACGUGCAGCGGCGCUCCCUGCCCAUCUCCGGGGCCCGCGGGCCGCUGCUGGCCCGGCUGCGCCGCCUCGACACCGCCGUGCUCAUCGGAGAAACAGGCUCGGGGAAGACCACCCAGCUCCCUCAGUUCCUGUACGAGGCAGGGAUUGGCCAGCCCGGUGUCAUCGCUGUGACCCAGCCCCGCAGGGUGGCAGCUGUCACCCUGGCUGCCAGAGUUGCUGAGGAGAAGAGGACAGAGCUGGGCAAGCUGGUUGGCUACACGGUGCGCUUCGACGACUGCUCGUGCGCGCAGACGCGGCUGCGGUUCCUGACGGACGGGAUGCUGCUGCGCGAGGCCAUUGGCGACCCCCUGCUGCACAAGUACAGCGUGGCCAUCCUGGACGAGGCCCACGAGAGGACCAUCCACACUGAUGUGCUCUUUGGGGUGGUCAAAGCCGCUCAGAAGAAGCGAAAGGAGCGAGGGCUGCGGCCACUGAAAGUGAUUGUCAUGUCAGCCACCAUGGAUGUUGACCUGUUCUCCCAGUACUUCAAUGGAGCUCCUGUCAUCUAUCUGGAGGGCCGGCAGCAUCCCAUCGACAUCUUCUACACCAAGGAGAGGCAGAGUGACUACCUGCAGGCAGCACUGGUGUCCAUCUUCCAAAUCCACCAGGAAGCCCCUGCAUGCCAGGACAUCCUGGUGUUCCUGACUGGGCAGGAAGAAAUUGAAGCAAUGACCAAAACCUGCCGAGACGUUGCCCAGCACCUCCCCGAGGGCUGCCCACGGAUGACAGUGCUGCCCCUUUAUGCUUCUCUGCCCCACUCCCAACAACUCCGUGCCUUCAAACCCACCCCUGAGGGCUGUCGCAAAGUGAUCCUGUCCACCAACAUCGCAGAGACCUCCAUCACCAUUGCUGGCAUAAAAUUCGUUGUGGACACAGGCAUGGUCAAAGCCAAGAAGUACAGCCCUGACACUGGCCUGGAGGUGCUGGCAGUGCAGCAGGUGUCCAAGGCCCAGGCUUGGCAGCGCACGGGCAGAGCAGGCAGGCAGCAGAGCGGGGUUUGCUACCGGCUCUACACAGAGGAGGACUUUGAGAAGUUUGAGGAGAUGACAACACCUGAGAUACAGAGGUGUAACCUGGCCAGUGUGGUGCUUCAGCUCCUGGCCCUGAAAAUUCCCAAUGUGCUCACCUUUGACUUCAUGUCCAAACCAUCUCCUGAUGCCAUUCAAGCAGCAAUUGAUCAGCUGGACCUGCUGGGAGCUGUGACCCAAAAGGAAGGUCAGCUUGUCCUGACCCCCCUGGGAAAGAAAAUGGCAGCCUUUCCACUGGAUCCAAAGUUCUCCAAGGCCAUCCUCGUGUCCCCUCAGUUCCACUGUGCAGAGGAGAUCCUGACCAUUGUGUCACUGUUGUCAGUGGACAGUGUCCUCCACAACCCCCCUGCCCAGAGGGAUGAGGUGCAGGCUGUCAGGAAGAAGUUCAUCUCCAGUGAGGGGGAUCAUCUCACCCUGCUCAACGUGUACAGGGCCUACGGGAGCGUCAACGGGCACAAGGGAUGGUGCAGAGAGAAUUUUAUUAAUGGCAGGAACAUGAAGCUGAUGGCAGAAGUGAGAACUCAGCUCAGGGGCAUCUGUGUAAAGCUGUCGCUGCCCCUGGAGUCGUGCCGCGGGGACACGGCGGCCGUGCGGCGCUGCCUGGCCCACAGCCUGUUCAUGAACGCGGCCCAGCUGCUCCCGGACGGCUCCUACAGCACCGUGGGCUCCCAGCAGGCCGUGGCCAUCCACCCCUCCUCGGUGCUGUUCCAGUGCAAGCCCGCCUGCGUGGUGUUCACCGGGCUGCUGCGCACCAGCCGCUGCUACAUGCGCGACCUGUGCCCCGUGGACGCCGAGUGGCUGCUGGAGGCUGCGCCCGAAUUCUUCCACAGGAAGCUCCGGACAGCCAAGAGCUGACCUGGGACCAGCUGGCUCAGCUUCUCCUCGAAAGACUUUGUGAAAAGUAU